CUUCCAAAGCAGUUCACCAAAGAGGGAUCAGUUGGGAAAAUAAGCAGAGCCGCAGCACGAUGAAGUUCCUGAUCGUUUUGUCCCUCGCCACGGUUUGUCUGGGCCACUACACCGAAAAGCAGCUGGAAAAGAUGGCCGCCGUUUCGGGGGUGUGCGCGGUGGAGUUGAAGGUUACGAUUGACAAAGAGUUCGUCGAACGUGCCAAGUCCGGCGGGGAGCUGUUCCCGGACGUGGAAAUGUCCAAGAAUUUCAUAGCGUGCUUCCUCACCAAAAACGACAUUCUGACCCCGGAGGGUGACUUUGUGCGCGCGAAGUUUGUGGAGUUCUUCGCCGAUGGUCACAACGAGGCUACCGUGGAGGAUAUUUACAACAAGUGUUCCACCGUGGAGGGUGCCACCAAGGAGGACAAGGCCUACGCGUUCCACAAUUGCUACUUUGAACUGAAACACUAAGAAUUAUUAGAUGACGAAGAAAAAUGGUUUGAAAUUAUU